CACCAAUCAACGGUUGCCAUAGCAGCGUUUGACGUCAUCGUGCGUGUGGUGCCCCUGCUGCCGGGGCUGGUGAUUGGAGGAAACCCCGUGUCUGCGGAGCGGCUGUAGCCUGUGAGCAGCGAGAUUCAGGGACAGAGUCUCAGCCUCUCCGCCGCCGCCCAGAGCCCGGUGCGCCUCCGUCCGUCUGUCGGCUCCUACUCCGGACACAGAACAUCCAGUCAUGGAUAAAAAUGAGCUGGUACAGAAGGCCAAACUGGCUGAGCAGGCUGAGCGAUAUGAUGACAUGGCAGCUUGCAUGAAGUCUGUGACUGAGCAAGGAGCUGAGUUAUCUAAUGAGGAGAGGAAUCUUCUCUCGGUAGCCUAUAAAAAUGUCGUAGGAGCCCGUAGGUCAUCUUGGAGGGUCGUCUCAAGUAUUGAGCAAAAGACCGAAGGUGCUGAGAAAAAACAGCAGAUGGCUCGAGAAUACAGAGAGAAGAUUGAGACCGAGCUAAGAGAUAUCUGCAAUGAUGUACUGUCUCUUUUGGAAAAGUUCUUGAUCCCUAAUGCUUCACAAGCAGAGAGCAAAGUCUUCUAUUUGAAAAUGAAAGGAGACUACUACCGUUACCUGGCUGAGGUCGCUGCUGGUGAUGACAAGAAGGGGAUUGUGGAUCAGUCACAACAAGCAUACCAAGAAGCUUUUGAAAUCAGCAAAAAGGAAAUGCAACCAACGCAUCCCAUCAGAUUGGGUCUGGCCCUUAACUUCUCUGUGUUCUAUUACGAGAUUCUGAAUUCCCCAGAGAAAGCCUGCUCUCUUGCAAAGACAGCUUUUGAUGAAGCCAUUGCUGAACUUGAUACGUUAAGUGAAGAAUCCUACAAAGACAGCACGCUAAUAAUGCAGUUACUGAGAGACAACUUGACAUUGUGGACAUCGGACACCCAAGGAGAUGAAGCUGAAGCAGGAGAAGGAGGGGAGAACUAACCGGCCUUCUGAUGUGUGUCUGCCUCAUUCUCAAAUUUACACAGUAGACCAUUUGUCAUCCAUGCUGUCCCACAAAUAGUUUUUUUGUUUACGAUUUAUGACAGGUUUAUGUUACUUCUAUUUGAAUUUCUAUAUUUCCCAUGUGGUUUUUAUGUUUAAUAUUAGGGGAGUAGAGCCAGUUAACAUUAGGGAGUUAUCUGUUUUCAUCUUGAGGUGGCCAAUAUGGGGAUGUGGAAUUUUUAUACAAGUUAUAAAUGUUUGGCAUAGUACUUUUGGUACAUUGUGGCUUCACAAGGGCCAGUGUUAAAACUGCUUCCGUGUCUAAACAAAACUGCCUGCACAUUGGUUUGUCCUGGUGGGGAAUAAAAGGGAGAAUUGUUCCAGUCACAGGUGUAGUUAUUGUGGGUACUUUAAGGUUUGGAGCACUUAGACGGCUGUGGGAGAAACUGGUAGCCCAAGGCUAUUCCGUGGCGAGCCGUGUGGACGUGCACACCUUGGGCUGCAGCUGCAGGGCGUGUUCCUUUAGACAAGGUCGGGACCCCAGUCACUCUGGAUAAGGGCAGAAACGGUUCACAUUCCAUUAUUUGUAAAGUUACCUGCUGUUUGCUUUCAUUAUUUUUGCUACACUCAUUUUAUUUGUAUUUAAAUGUUUUAGGCAACCUAAGAACAAAUGUAAAAGUAAAGAUGCAGUAAAAAUGAAUCGCUUGAUAUCCAUUAUUUCAUGUGUAUCAAGCACAGCAGUAAAACAAAACCCAUGUAUUUAACUUUUUUAGAUUUUUUUUUUUUUUUGCUUUUGUGAUUUUUUUUUUUUUUUUUUUUUGAUACUUGCCUAACAUGCAUGUGCUGUAAAAAUAGUUAACAGGGAAAUAACUUGAGAUGACGGCUAGCUUUGUUUAAUGUCUUAGGAAAUUUUCAUGAACAAUCCAAGCAUAAUUGUUAAGAACACGUGUAUUAAAUUCAUGUAAGUGGAAUAAAAGUUUUAUGAAUGGACUUUUCAACUACUUUCUCUACAGCUUUUCAUGUAAAUUAGUCUUUUGGUUCUGAAACUUCGCUAAAAGAAAUUGUACAUUUUUGGAAAUUUAUUCCUUAUUCCCUCUUGGCAGCUAAUGGGCUUUUACCAAGUUUGAAAUGCAGAGUUUAUCAUAGUAGCAAAAGUACAACUAAAAUGACUACCAUUCCCAACUAAUAUUCCCCUCUCCUCUCCCACCCCCCCCCACCCCACCCCCCCCCCCGAGAAAAGGAAACAAAAUUCCCUAGGGGUAGCGGGGGAGGUUAAUUGGAAAAAAGAGAUGUGUCCCAUUAAGAUUUUGGUGUGUGGCAUUUUCUGACUUAGGCAGCCACGAUGCUCUUGGCACAUCAUGGCAUUGGGUAGCAUUAACUGUGAGUUUUGUGCUUCCAAAUGACUUUUGGUUUUUAAGAAUUUCUUGUUACUCUUAAAGCUUGCCUUGAUUUUGAUCCUCUAAUUCUUUCAGUGUGUCAGGUGCACAAGAGCACCUUCCUUUGUAAGCCUUCUGUCUCGUCGCCAGCCAUUCCUGCUUCGUGGCCGUGCACGUGGAGAAGGCCGCAUGAGCUUCCUGGCUCCACACUCUCUCAGAUCCCACACUCUCCCCUCAGCCUCUGGGCUGCAGCCAGUCUCUCCUCGGUGGAUGCGAUUGUGUUUAUCUCCCUGUAACUCGACCUAUCCUGAAUGGUCUGUCAUUGUCUGCCUUUAAAAUCUCUCCUCUUCUCUCUUCUCUAAUAACCAUGGGGCUGAGUUAUACCCAAAGCUCACCCUGUCAAAUAUUUCCUCAGUACUUUGCAGAAAACACCAAACAAAAAUGCCAUUUUAAAAGAGGUGUAUUUUUUUUUUUUCUUUUAGAAUGUAAGCUCCUCCAGAGCAGGGACAAUGUUUUCUGUAUGUUCUAUUGUGCCUAGUACACUGUAAAUGCUCAAUAAAUAUUGAUGAUGGGAGGCAGUGAGUGUUGAUGCUAAGGGUAAGAAACUGAAAUCCCAAACACUGUUUUGUUGCUUGUUUUAUUUUGACCUCAUUAAAUUGGGAAAUACCGGCCCUUUUGGAUAAUUGUCCCAAAUAUUACAUCAAAUAAAAGUGCAAUGGAG